CGUGUCCAUGGUAAAUACCUACCUUAAAACAAGCUGCAAAAACGUCGGAAAAGAAUCAAAUAAAGAAAAUUUAAUACGAACAGAGGUGCGGCAGGUUAAAAAAAAGGCAGGUUACCGAACUGCUAACACUGUGCACUACUUGAUACUGAGUGUAUUCGGGAAAGCAGAAUACAGACUUGAUUGGUUUUGAGUGAAGAACUGCAUUAACCUUGUGAUUUGGUUUAAGAAGUAAUAGCAGUGACCAUAGAUACGCCAGUGUUGUUCGAUCACCAAGAAAAAUAAAACGAUCCUGUAGCCUUUGCAACACAAGGCCAACAGGAGAGUGACCAUGUGAAAACAGUCGUGGAUAACAUGGGGAGAAAGGAAGGAAGAUAGGAAAGAAGAUAGAAGGAAAGGAAGACAGGUAGAGAGGAAGAAAGAAAGGAAGAAAGAGGGAAAUAAAGAAAGAAAAGAAAGAAAGAGGAAACUAAAGAAAGUACAAAAAAAAGAGUGAAAGAGAGUCAGAGAGAAAGAAAGAAGCGAAGGAGAGAAGGAAGGAAGGAGAGAAGAAAUAAAACACGCGAACGCAUAAAACAUAAAAAAAAAACAGCAAGGACAAAUAUUAACUGCCCUGACUAGUAGACGUGAGGGAAGUCAGUUUCACAAAAAAUGGGAAAAAGAAUUAUGCUGCGUUAACAUUGUCCUCCCCUCAGUGUUGGUGCAGACGCUUUGAUAAUUUCAUAUGGAAAGGAAUUUAAGGAAUUGAACUAGCUGCUUAAACGGAUAACUAAAAAGAUUUGUCUUGAAAAUGUCCAUGAAUGUAGGAGACAGCACAGACCUCAUCAAUGGAGGUCUCAUCUGCAGAGGCGGCGGACUUUCGGUGUUCUGGCGCUCCCGGACGGGCUUCGAGAGAAAGCUGCUGGCGGUGUUGGCGGUCCUGACGCUCGCCGUGAUCGGGCUGGUCGUGGCGGUGGCGGUUUUGGCCUCGGAAGAAAGCAAGUGCAGGUCCUUUCAUGGCGACGAGAUGACAAUAGAACAAACAACGCUGCCGGCCAAAUUUUCAUCUCUUCGAAGUAGCAGUGAUCAAGAUCUUCUCGACUCCACUGAACCUCCAGAUAUCACUGCUGCGUCAGUUAAAUCUGUCGUGAAAAACGUACGUUGGCGGAGACUGUAAUUGGAUGGAGAAUUUGAGUAGUGAUAAUGAUAAAGGUAAAGGUCCUGUGCUAAUGCGGAGUGGAUAAUGAUGGUAUUGCUAUGAUGAAAUACAAGGUUAAUGAUGGUAGUAAUAAUGGUGAUAAGAAAAAGUUUGGUGAUAAUGAUAAUGAUGACAAUAAUAAUACGUUUAAUGAUGCAAUAAUAUGAUUAUAAGAAAAUAUAUUACUUAUAACAAAAUUAACUAUAAAGAUAAUGAUAACAGUAGUCAUACGAAUAAUGAUAAUGAUAAUAAUUACAUAGUUAUCAUACUUGGCAAGUUAGUGAAGAACAAAAAGUUCUUGGACUUUAUCCAACGUAUCAAAACAUUUGUUUAUAAAUUGAUAUGUCCAACAUACUUGAAUUACCAACCUGCCAAAUGCACCUUUGCUUCACCAGAAAAAAAAAUAUUAUAAUAACAAUGGCGGCAGAAAUCACAUUUAAGAAAAAUGAACAAAAGAAAGGUCAUAUAUAAGCAUGUAAACUCGACGGUAGUUACUGACUUACAUACAACCGUUACCGAGUUACUGAAAAACAUAUAAUUACGCAUCUAGCUAUAUCUGAUCUUUCAAUUACUUCACCCCUUUUCUGACCCUCAGUCUGUGCGAUAUUCCAUGCUAUUUUCUCAGUACAUUUUCUUCGAAAGUGAUUCAGUAAUAACAGUGUAUGAAGAUUAUCGAAAGAAGAAACCAAUAAAAGAUAAUAAAAUAGAUAAUAAUUGCAGUAUAUUGGCGGUUGCUAACUAGGAGUUUCAUCAAGACAGAAUGUGUUAAAUUAUAUUGAAAAAAAAGAACUACUAACAUCAUUAUUGGUAUAUCAUUAUUAGUAUUUCAUUAUUUUUACUACUACUAUCUUUAUCAUUGUUAUUUGUAGUAGUUGUUGUAUUACUGUUAUUAUCAUUGAAAUCAUAAUUUCAUUAUUAUCAAUAUAUAAUCUAUCAGAGGGUUACUAUAUUUCUUCGUUAUUGAGAUAAAAAGUAUCUUUAUUUUUUAAAUAAUUGCAAUCUAUUUUUCAUUAACAACCAAUUAUGUAGUAAUUUUUGUUGAAGAAAAAUACAAUUCGAAUCUUCUGUAAACAUAACUUACUACUAUAGCCACCCAGCAAAAUUUUCAGUAUAAUGUGUGGUAAACAACCUCUAUUUUAUUGAAAAUAUAUUUGUUACAGAUUAUUUUGUAUCGUAUAUAAAAUUUUCUUUUGAAUUUUUUUUUUAGACUUUCUCUUCAAAGAUAAUUUAGAUAAAAUUUACUGUAUAUAAAAUAAGAUAAAUAUGAUGAUUUUGUGUAAAUAUAAAAACAAAGUUUAAAUGUUUUUUAAAUGGUUUUGAAUGUACACUUUAUACUUAUCAGAACUCUAUUAUACUUUGGUAAAUGAAGUAACCUUUUCUUUUCUUUUAAGUUUUUUUUUUUUUUAUAAUAAAGUAAAUAAUAUAUACAUAUCAUAAAUUAGGAAACAAAGGAACGAUUUAUCUAGAAGGGAAAAGGUUUAGUUAAUCAUAAUUUUUAUGAUGAUAUUAACCGUUCUUGAGUAAUUUUAUAUACGAAGGUUCCGUUUUCUAUGUGUGGAUCCACGGUAUUCACGUCUUUCAAAACCGUUAAUUCACUCGUAUCGUAGUGGUAUUUCCAGAAAAUAUUUUGUUUUAGCUUCAUGUGUUCAUUGUUCUCUGUUGCGCCUUAAGGUCCUAUAACAGACUAGCACGUUUUCCGUCAAUUUAAGGCUCUCCGCAAAUAUCGCCUCCAAGACGAUGACGGUUGCGAAAGUUUCCGUCAAUCUAAUUUCCGUCUUGAUUUUGUGCCACGGAGACUCUAUACGAGUGUUUUUAUUGUUAAUUUGAUAAAAUAAAUUAAUGUAAAUAGGUGUUCAUAUUCUAGAAUAUUUCUAUAUACAAUGUACAUAAUAGUAUGUAUUUCAAUAAACGUGAUUCGCGGGAUCUCACAUGGGCACUAUUUUGCUGGCAGUGUGAUAGGGUCAGUCCAUUUGCAUAGAGAAAACCCAUGUGGAAUCGCAAAAAAUGACGUGCUAGUGUGAUAGAGCCUUUAGAAUUCUGAUCCUACAUCACUACGUAAAAUCAUUGUUAUUGUAUUUGUCUUAUUCGAAAGAUUUGUUACUAUAUUUUAUGUUUCCUUGAAAUAAAAUUGUGGCAUCUUUGUAUGGAUGUCAGUUAAAUUAC